UCAAUGGGGCUUCAAGUCACCCUUCUCAUUAAACUCGAUGCUCGUUGACAGUCUGGGCACCAGCCGUGGUUGGAGGAUAAUCGUGUUCCGUAGAAUACACUACGAAUAGGGUCUUUCUGGAAACAUAGAAUUCGGAUGUAACGGGUAACCUUUUGGCUGGGCAUUCAAGAUUCGGGGAAUAUAUAAGCAUAUAGGUAGCGCGGAAGAAGUAGAGUAGUACACACAAGAUCAUCACAUUCCUUUUGCUGGUCAAAGGUUACUCUUUCACUAAGUACAUUCGUUUAUUUCGUCACUUACUACAUACUUCUAUCUUCAAAAUGACUAACCUCGGCUUCGCUCUCAUCGCUGCCCUGGCCGGCAGCGCCAUCGCCGUCCCCGCCCCAGCAGUAACCCAAGCCCCUGACGUCCACGCCUACGCCAAGCGCGCCACGUCCUGCACAUUCUCCGGCUCCGACGGCGCCUCCAAGGCCAGCAAGUCGCAGGCCGCGUGCGCCACCAUCGUCCUCAACAACGUCGCCGUCCCCAGCGGCGAGACCCUGGACCUCAGCAAGCUCAAGGACAACACCAAGGUCAUCUUCAAGGGAACCACUACCUGGGGGUACAAGGAGUGGAAGGGUCCUCUGAUGAAGAUCUCUGGAAACAAGAUUACUGUUGAGGGCUCUGGUGCUGUGCUUAAUGCUGGUGGUGAGAAGUAUUGGGAUGGAAAGGGAGGAAACAGUGGCAUUACGAAGCCCAAGUUCUUUGCGGCGCAUAAGCUUACUGACUCCAAGAUUAACAAUCUUUAUGUUAAGAACACUCCUGUUCAGGCUGUGAGCAUCAAUGGUGUUAAUGGUCUUACUAUCAAUCAGUUCACUCUUGAUAACAAGGAUGGUGAUACCAAGGGCGGUCACAACACUGAUGCUUUUGACAUCGGUUCUUCCACUGGUGUUACCAUCACCGGCGCCAAGGUCUACAACCAGGAUGAUUGUGUUGCCGUCAACUCCGGAAAGGACAUCAUCUUCCAAAACGGCUACUGCCACGGCGGCCACGGUCUCUCCAUCGGCAGUGUUGGCGGGCGCGACGACAACAUCGUCGACAACGUGCAAUUCCUCAACUCCCAAGUCGUCAACUCCGCCAACGGCAUCCGCGUCAAGACCAUGAAGAACACCACCGGCAAGGUCAACAAGGUCACAUACUCCGACAUCACCCUCUCAGGCAUCACCAAGUACGGCAUCCUCAUCGAGCAGAACUACGACGGCGGUGAUCUCCACGGCGAGCCCACCAGCGGUCUUCCCAUCACCGGCCUCACCCUCAAGAACAUCAAGGGUAAGAAUGGUGUUUCGUCCAGCGGCAAGAAUGCUGCUAUUGUUUGUGGAAGCUCGGGCUGCAAGAACUGGACUUGGCAGAAUGUUCAGGUCACUGGUGGUAAGAAGUAUGAUAGCUGCAAAAACGUUCCCAGCGUCGCUUCUUGUUAAAUCGUGACUUUUUGACUCAGAGGCAGGUUGCUUUUAAUCAGCUCAUUCUGUGUAUGAGUCUGGUAUUGGAAGCAUCUGGAAACCUCAUUAAUUUUCAACCCACGUCGGCACCCUGUGCCCUGAUGGCAUUGACACUUGAUCUUUGUGUACAUAUAUAGCAUUAAAACUUUAACAAUCUAUUCAUCAAUUUCUGAU